UGUCGGUUGUAUUUGUCGUUUCGUCUGAGAACUGAUCAAAUUAAUUUCAACAAAAAAGAUGCAAAGACGUAAUACCAUUCUGUGUGCAUUUCUUGUCCUCUUUGGACAACUGUCUGAAUCCAGUGGAAUUUCAUUAAUGGGUUCAGAAAAGAGAGGUUGGACACUGAAUAGUGCAGGAUACCUCCUUGGGCCAUAUGCACAACGAACGCUGACUGUGAGACAUAGACCCCUACUGGGCAAAAGGAGUGUUUGGGAAGAUGAUGUGAAACCAUUCCUAAACAGUGAAUACAAGUCUGUCAUCGAUGACGCCUACGUUCAAGCUUUUCUGGACUUCAUUACUUACUUACGUCUGAAAGAGAUUGGAGAGAUGGAGGAUUUGAGCACCCAUUAUCUUGCAGAAACGAAGUCAUAAUAAGAAAUCAGUACUCCUCUCCUAUUGUCAAAACAUAAUUUUCCACCUCCACCUGUUCCUAUGGUACUCAACUGCUUUUUCAAUGGUAUGAC